CAGCACUAAGCAACACCUAGUCUGCGGCUUGUUGACUACGACAGCGACCGCACCGCUGCGGCCGCGUGACGCGUGUCCCACGCGUCAGUCAGCAAGAUCUCUGCCUACGGACCUCCCAGGACGUCCGACUCAACAUGAGUGAUUCAGAGCCAGGUUGCAGGCUACUGAAUUUGACAGCGCGUUUCAUAAUAGUUGCACUAGUGCUGCAGUCCAGUGGUGACUCUGCCUGUGCACGCACCACCACUUCAUUUCAUGCAUUCGCUGUCUCGCACUGGCCUCAAUAUUUCCGCACCAUAUCCACCAUACUUUUCCGCUUCACCUCCACAUCUGGUGCCGAGUCACGGACUUCACAAUUCAUCUAUGUAUCAAUACCCACUGGCAUCUCUACAUACAUACUGGUAUUGCAUCAACGUAGUCGUCAUCGUCCAUGUAAAUAGGUGAGAACGAUAUCCUUGCAUGUAGGAUUGAUGCUCCCGAUGAUCGAGUCCUGGAAGAUCAAUACACCGCCGGAAAUGACUAUCACUGAUU